AUGGGCCGAUUCACCGAGUACUCUGUCAUUGGACGAACUCUCCCUACGGAGACUACUCCAGAGCCCAAGCUCUACAGAAUGAGAAUCUUCGCUCCCAACGAAGUAGUCGCCAAAUCCAGAUACUGGUACUACCUCCGUCAAUUGAAGAAGGCCAAGAAGGCCAACGGUGAGAUCGUUGCUAUCAACGUCAUCCACGAGAAAAAACCAUUGAAGGUCAAGAACUUUGCUAUCUGGCUCAGAUACGAUUCUCGAUCCGGUACCCACAACAUGGUCAAAGAAUUCCGAGCUCUCUCAAGAGCCGAAGCCGUCGAAGCCAUGUACCAAGAUAUGGCCGCUCGACACCGAGCUCGAUUCAGGAACGUUCAAAUCCUCAGAGUAGCUGAGAUCGAGAAGAAGGAUGAUAUCAGAAGACCCUACAUCAAACAACUCUUGGAACCCGGACUCAAAUUCCCUCUCCCUCACAGAAGAACCAAGAGCAAGGCUUGGUACGCUGCCAACCGACCUGUGAGUGGCUUUUAUAAACCCUUGACAUACUGA